AUGUUCAGGACACUCGGCACUCGAUUACGAACGUCGAGUAGUGCUCGCUUUGCGCUCUACGGCACCGCUGCUGCUGGCACCUCACUCGUCGUAUGGAGAUAUAAUACUUAUAACAAAGCCCAUCAUGCAAGAACAGGUCUCGAACAACACCUACCCAAGUCUCAAAAGCUUGAAAAGCAUGAGCCAACCAAGCCCUCGCUAAAAGA